UAACAGAGUUUAUUGAUGAUGAGUCCAGGGCUCCUGCUGAAGCCCUGGUGGGGAGGGGCACAGAGCGAGAUGGGGCGUAAUGGAAUGCUUCAAGGUUGCUCCUUCGCGGGAGCCUCCAGACUAGGCGAGGGGGCGAGGCCUCACGCACACGACCCGCACCCAGUUACCCGGCCCAGUUGGAGGGCGGCCGGGCCCCGGGCGGGCGCUCGCCAAGGUGGCUCUCACUCACACACACUCGCACGGAGACUCAAGGCCGUCUACACAGCUCCAACCAGUGCAAACGACUUAGUGCAAAUGAAUUCAGAAGGGGCGGGGGACAGAGCUGUGGAGGCUUCGAGUCCCAGGAAGAAAGACAGGAAAGGUCGGAAGCAAAGAGACAGAAGGAUGAAGAAAAAGAAGAGGGAGGGUGGGACGGGGUCAUCCCGCUGGAGGAGCUCAGCGCUGGGAUGACGUGGUGGCUGGUGGUCAACCGUCCACGGCAGGGCGUGGCCACGAAGAUGGAGUCGCUGGUGGGGGGUGGGUGCUGCGGGCGCCGCUGUUCCCAUGGCGUCUUUGGUGUUGGGUUGAUGAGGUCUCGUUCCUUCAG